GAGAGAGGAGAGAGAGAGAGAGAGAGAGAGAGAAUCUAAAUGUAUGAAAAAAAGAAUGAGCGAAAGUUUAGCAUUCCUUGUAUCUAUAAUUUCUGUUUUCUUAUUUCUGUUUAAUUUUCUGUUUCUUUUAUCCUCGUAUCUAUCCCUUUCCCGCAACAUGUUCAGGCCACCCUGUCGGAUGAAGCUAAGGAAGUGUACAACAGUUUGGUGGAGACGCCAACAUUGGAAAGUACCGGAGAUACAAAUCCGUUGCGCAUGUUACGUUCCGGAUUACCUAUAGUAAGGCCCAGAAUUCGCGGGAACAAGCAUGCCACUCUGGGCUAUCCAGCGUCAUCGCAGUCAGAAGACACAUCCGGUGAGCAUGGUUUCCAUUUCGAGAUGCACCACAGCGGCGCAAGAACUCUGCCCAAAGUUCGAGCACCUCCAUCGUCCCAUACAAUUGUAUCUCUGCCACAAUCACGCAUUCUCGAAAGACACCAUUCCAUGGAAAUAGAGAACAAUCAAAAUCAGAAUAACAUCGACGAGAAUCCAAUACCUCUGCCGCCUAGAGAUCGUUCUAAGACGCUUCAACCCAAGUCCACCUUACCACGACAUCAGAGGAAGCAUCCUUUGAUCAUACCUGGAGGCGGUGUCACUAGAACGUUAGCCAAGAUGCAGGCAGUAACCACGCCAUCCGUGGAAGAUCAAGUGGACGGACAUUUCAUAUUGCAGAAUUCUAAUACAGCAAUUGCCGGAACCUCACUACAGGACAACUAUCUUCCGGAAGCUUCUGCUAAUAGUCCAGAAGAAUUUGAACAACGUAUAGAUUCCGAGCUAGCUGCACUGGAUUCUUUACCUAUCGAGGAAAGUCGACUUCGACGAUGUAGCAUGAUCUCAGAGGAUUUGCUGGAAUUCUCGGAUAACUUAAUCGACUGCGACGACAUGCCGGAUUUAUGUCAGAAUGUUUCGCAACAAAGCAACGAUGGACAAUCGAGCAACUUGUCGACCGUGACCAAUAAUUUGUGUAGGAAAAUCAGCGCCGAAUCGAAGUGUUCUUUGAAAAGUUUCGGAACUAAAGUACAAGAAAACACGGAAACAGAUCUAAGUCGAAAUCCAAUAUCGAUUAGUUCUUGCAGACCAGAAGAUUGGAUCAAUUCUUCGAGCAGAGCUCAAAUUUCGCCUGCAAAAAUACAACAGGCUCCACUAAAUUAUUCUUCACAAACGAACGUAGAAGAAAUCCCUUCCAAAUCCGAAGCUUUCCAGUGCGAAGAACCACUGGUACAUAUUGGCUCAAAUGACAAUUUUCAUUCGACUGCUCUUCCAAAAGCCUACCGCUUAUCCAACGAAAAAACAUCGAAUUGCGAUAUUGUGAGCGAUCUGUCGCGACAAUCGGACCAUGUUUCUUGCGAAGAUCUGUUAGAGUUUGCUUGCGACGGACCGAACACGCGAAGAACACGCGGACCCCGUAACGGGGAACAAUCUGAUGAAGUACGAAUCAUGCUGAAGGUGUUGCACGAGUCAACUCCAGAAUCCUGCAUCGCUGCAUUAAAUGUCACCGAAUGGGAGAUUCUAGCGGCAAUCAAACUGGAGCAGCUUCAAAUAUUACUGAAAAAAGAAAAUAAUUUUGUCGGCCUCGAAGAUUGUAAAGUGAUGCUGAAUCAAUGUGGUGGUGACGUCUAUAAAGCGAUUGCGCUACUGCGAAACACGGACGACACUGCCGCGGUUUAGUUUGAUUUCAAUUGAUUAUCAUAUCAUACGAAAUAAUAGUCCUCAUAGAGGAUGUAUAAGGAUUGAUUGAAAAGUUUUUUGCAAUAUCUUUCAUUUCAAACCUUGAUGAUUUCAUAACGAUGAAAAUAUUUUUCCUAAAGAUACUUCCUCAGUAUUACAAAGCUCCAAAAUUAAAAAAAUAUAUAUAUUUUUAUUUUUAAAUAUAUAUUGACAAAAUGAAAAAGUUGAGCACAAUAUAUACGCACAGACACAUAUAAAAUGAAAUUUUUGUUUUUCUUUAAUUAUGAAUACUUUUUCAGAAAUAUGCAAAUAUUUUUCAUAUAAUUGUAAUAGGUUAAUUGUUAUUAAUCUAUUACUUUUUUCUUAUUUGAACACUGCUGUUAACUGUUAUCUGUGACUGAUACUUGUUGAAAAUGUGUUAAUUUGCAAAUACGAAAUAUGAUUAUAGUUUCGUAAAUUAGAUUCUUUUAUUUCAAUUCAUUUAUCUACAUUAGAUCUCUUCAGUAGAAAAGCUCUUUAUCUAGCUCCAUAUCUAUAAUUGCCAAGCAGCGUUGAUAUAGUUACAUGUAAGGCACAUAUAUUGAUAUGUUUUGCAUAAUAUUCUAUGCGAGAUGGCUGACAAGUUAAACGUCUAUCCUUUAUUAUCAUUUUGUCUUGCUCAAUAAGAAAAAGAGAGAAAGAGAGAAGAGUUUUACUUACGAAUAAAAGUUUGAAUCUGAUCUUUCAUAAUUUUUUAACAACAAUGUCAUUGUGUUGUUACGUGUUAUUAUGCAGAUAUAUCUUAAAAUUAGAUAGCCGUAUUAGCAAGACUUACAAUUAGUUAGCAGAGAUCAAAUAAGAAGUUAUAUGAGAAAUAUUAAACCUUAUCUAUAAUGCGUUAUGUCCAAUAGAAAUAGUAGAUUAAUCAAGCUUGUGUUUUCAAUAAAAUAAGAGAAUUUCUUAAUUUGAAAUGAGAACUGUACAAUUUUAAAACUUUUCAAUCAACUCUUAAUAUUAAUAAAAGAAUGAUUCAGAACUGAUAUAAUUGAUAGAAUAUUUAGAAAAAGAAAGUCAUUGGUUUUAAAUUUUUUUACCAAAUAUGCAAUGGGCAAAUGUUUAGUACAAAUUUUAAGAAUUUAAAUGAAGGGGGAAUGAAAUACUACACCAAGUUAGAAUCAAAUAUAAUUUUUGUAUAUUUCCUAAACGGUAACUAAAAAGUUUUGAUGAAUGAACUUUUUUGAUGAAUGUUUAUAAGAUUGUAUGUUUAGAUAAAUUGAUAUAUAUAAACAUAGAAUAAACAGACAUUUAUUUAUUAUUUUAGUGUUUACUGUUGCAAAAUAACGAAACAUGCUUUAUGUUAUCUAGUUAAAAAAUAAUCAGAUAAAAUAAGUAUACAUCUUUAACAAGUUAACAAGCUUUUUGUUAAACUUGAUAAAUAAGGUAAUUUCUCGAUUAUAUUCUAUUAUUCUGUAACACUAAUGUGAUAAUUCGCUCAAUAAGGAUCUAAAAUCUUAAAUGACGAAGAAAAAUGCAAUCAAUAUUUUAUAUUUCCCAUUACGUAAACAUUUACAAAGCUAAGAGAAACCAAAUAAAUACAAAGAAGUUUAACUAUUUGGGUAACGUACAUAUUUUUACAGAUCUGAAUAAUGCCUCCCAUAGACAUUUGAAAUUAAUUAUAUUUUAAACUAUAAAAUAUAAAUUUACUUUGUGUGUCUUAUUUGUUUCAAAAAGAGACAUUACUGUAUUUCUCAGAAAUAAUAUGCAGUUGUAAAUGUUGCAUAACGAAAAAA